UGCCAUUACCCUAAAAUCAGGAACCUCCAGCGGAUACGCACACACACUUACCCACACACCCCAAAAAUAAAGAAGUAACAAACAGAAACUCUGUCCCUUUUUGACGGCCACUGUCAGGGUAGGUUGCCCUUUGCAGUGUGUCUCUGGUUGGCUUCUUUUUUGGGCCUUUGCCGAUCUCUGAGGCCCCCUGCGUGAUAAGGUGCAUGAGCUAGAUCAUUGGUUUCAUUUGGUAAGAGGAAAUUUAGCAGAGUUGAGCAAUGGUACGGGGACAGUUUUGAAAGCCCUUGAGAAAGCAUCAGAGUUGCAGAUCGAGUGUCAGGCGGCGAGGAAUCCAUGCUGCAUCCGUACAGAAUGGAGGGGUACAUCAUCCCACCCAAAGAAGAGGGUAGAGAGAGAGUAACCUGGACUGGCUGGAUGUCACAGACACCGUCUGUACAAAAAGAUUACUGGGCAGUUAUAACCAAAGAUCAGCAAACAGAGGAAAUGUUUGAAUCAGAGAUGUAUCGACCACCAAUGGAGUAUCAGUAUAUCAUUGAUGACGGUCAGAACGAUCAUGCAUGGGAUUACAAUACACAUCAUGUCCAUCCAGUGGAUUUCGAGAACUUGCCAGAUAGCCACUUCACAGAGCUCCAGAGUGUGCAGCCACUACAUGCAUCGAAUGUGCAUCGCUUUUCAGAUGUCGAGUCUGGUCAUUUUAUCGACCCAGGCCUGACCGGGCAUCACCUCACCCUGCCCCCUCCACAGAUGACAUAUUUGCCACGGCCAUCGGUCUGUUACCCUCACAGCGUACAGCCCUCUCCUCUUCAGCGCAGCUCGGAUGACGAUGACCCCGUCAGUCGCAGUCCUCCGUUAGAGGUGUCUGAUGAGGAGUGUAUGAGAGACCACAUAACUUCAACAACAGGAGGAGAACAUGGUAACAAGAAGAAAAUUCGCUUGUAUCAGUUCCUGCUUGACCUUCUGCGAAAUGGUGACAUGAAGGACAGCAUCUGGUGGGUGGAUCGAGAAAAAGGAACAUUCCAGUUCUCUUCCAAGCACAAAGAGGCUUUAGCAAACCGCUGGGGCGUACAGAAGGGAAAUCGCAAGAAGAUGACCUACCAGAAGAUGGCAAGGGCUCUGAGAAACUAUGGCAAGACGGGAGAAGUCAAGAAGAUCAAGAAAAAGCUCACCUACCAGUUCAGUGGAGAGGUACUUGGGAAGUGCCACACAGAAAGGAAGCUUUACAUGUAAACACAUGCGCAAAAAGGCGAGAAAAAGACUUGGAGAGCGCAAGAGAUAACCUUUUUCUUUUGUGAAAACAGAAAAUGACUGGACCUGAACUUUUACCAUAGUUAUGACCCUACGGUUUAUAACUCAACUAUUUUGAUUUUCAUUCCUUAUUCCUUCACCUUUGCAUUAAUUAAGUAAACCUUAAGUCAUUUUUAAA